AUGGAUUUUAGAGCUUUAUCUACCCAUCAAAUCGACAACGUGGUACAGCGUCGUCCUUCCUUAUCUUCGCUAUCUUCUGCUUCGGGUUAUUCUUCAUCUUCAACGCCUUUCAAUACAAAGAGUUAUACCCCAAACACUCUUAUGAACAAAGACAUACAAAGUUCCUGGCUUAACCAGCCUAGCUCCACUUCGAUAGGCCCAUGGGUAGAACAGCAACAGAAGCAAACCCUUGACGAUUUGGACAAGUCCUUGGAGAAGCCAAUUAAUGACGAGACGAAACCUAACGAUAAUGACGCUCACGAAAACAAUGACCACACAACCGAUGAUGAUGAACUAAUCCCCACUGCAAUAGUAAUUAAAAAUAUUCCAUUUGCUAUCAAAAAAGAACAGUUGUUGGAAGUUAUGACCAAACUUAAUUUGCCCUUGCCUUAUGCAUUUAAUUACCAUUUUGAUAAUGGGGUGUUUAGAGGUUUGGCCUUUGCCAAUUUCACCUCAACUGAUGAGACAUCACUUGUUGUGAAUCAACUUAAUGGAAGAGAAAUUGGUGGGAGAAAGUUGAGAGUCGAGUACAAGAAAAUGUUGCCUGCUCAAGAACGAGAAAGGAUUGAACGUGAAAAGAGGGAAAAAAGAGGGCAAUUGGAAGAACAGCACAGAUCAGCAUCCAAUGCAUCUUUGGCAUCGUUGGUAUCGCAAGCUUCGACAACUGCGGCAACAAAAAAUCUUAGUGUUGCUGGUACAUCAACUUCACAAGAAAGAAUUUUAUUGAAUUUACCAUUUGGGUGUUCACUGUUUACACCACCCGAACUCAACUUUAAUGACCCGGAAAUUUUAGAACUAUACACUCAGUUGGUGCUUUAUCGCGAUGACGUUUCGAAAACGGUUUUUGAAUUGGCAAUAUCACCAUUAAACUUGAAUAUUACACAACGCAAAAUAAUUUCAUAUAUCUGCAACUAUUUAAAUUUAUUGGAACUUUUUGACAACGGCAUGAUCAUUAUUAGAAGAAAACCGGGACACAUUUCCAUUGCUCCUGGACAAACACGUCAACAACCACUUCAUUCAACCUCUAUGAUGAACCUUAAUCAAUUGGCAAACCCUCCUGAGUUGUUACGUUCUCAUUCUCAAUCAGCAAUACCGAUGCCCAGAUUGAGACAGCAAACAUCGACUCCUACUCAGCAACAACAACAACAACAACAGCAGCAGCAACAACAACAGCAACAACAACCUCAGGUUGUCCCUUAUCAUCAAAGACCUUAUACACAGCAUAGUUUUUACCAACAACCUCAACCACCACCACCACAAUUGGCUCAAAACGUGUCAGCUGGAAGCUCUGCCGCUGCAUUGUUGAGAACAAGUAAUAACAGAUCGUAUGUUGACGUGCGAUCUACGCCACCAUUGGCACAAUUGGAAAGUAAUCCCAUACCUCAACAACAACAUCAUCAACAGCAGCAGCAUUUUUUCCAACCUGGUGCGACGACAAACACCAGUAAUACACCCUCGCAGCCUCAGACACCAUCCAGUGGUUCCAUUUGGGGUCCAAGAUUUAUAUAG